GCGGGGUCGGGCGGUUUGAACGAGACGAAGACGGAACCGGAGCCGGGCGCGGGCAGUGGACGCGGUUCCGCCGAGAGCCGAAGAUGGCAGUGAACGUAUACUCGACGUCAGUCACCAGUGAUAACCUAAGUCGACAUGACAUGCUGGCCUGGAUCAAUGAGUCUCUGCAGUUGAAUCUGACAAAGAUUGAACAAUUGUGCUCAGGAGCUGCCUAUUGUCAGUUUAUGGACAUGCUAUUCCCGGGCUCUGUUGCCUUGAAGAAAGUGAAAUUCCAAGCUAAGCUAGAACAUGAAUAUAUCCAGAACUUCAAAAUACUACAAGCAGGUUUUAAGAGGAUGGGAGUUGACAAAAUAAUUCCUGUGGAUAAAUUAGUAAAAGGAAAAUUUCAGGAUAAUUUUGAGUUCGUGCAGUGGUUCAAGAAGUUUUUUGAUGCAAACUAUGAUGGAAAAGACUAUGACCCUGUAGCUGCCAGACAAGGUCAAGAAACUGCGGUUGCUCCCUCUCUUGUUGCUCCAGCUCUGAAUAAACCGAAGAAACCUCUCAGCUCGAGCAGUGCAGCCCCACAGAGACCCAUUUCAACACAGAGAACUACUGCGGCUCCUAAGGCUGGCCCAGGGGUGGUGCGAAAGAAUCCUGGUGUAGGCAAUGGCGAUGAUGAAGCAGCUGAAUUGAUGCAGCAGGUCAACGUGUUGAAACUUACUGUUGAAGAUUUGGAGAAGGAGAGAGAUUUCUACUUUGGAAAGCUAAGGAACAUUGAAUUGAUUUGCCAGGAGAACGAGGGGGAGAACGACCCUGUAUUACAGAGGAUUGUAGACAUUCUCUAUGCCACAGAUGAAGGCUUUGUGAUACCUGAUGAAGGGGGCCCACAGGAGGAACAAGAAGAGUAUUAACAGCCUGGACCAGCAAAGCAACAUCCGAAUUCUUCACUCCAAAUCAUGUGCUUAACUGUAAAAUACUCCCUUUUAUUAUUCUUAGAGGAUUCACUGGUUUCUUUUCAUAAGCAAAAAGUACCUCUUUUUAAAAGUGCACUUUGCAGAAGUUUCACUCCUUUUCCAAUAAGUUUGAGUUAGGAGCUUUUACCUUGUAGCAGAGCAGUAUUAACAUCUAGUUCGUUCACCUGGGGAUCAAAGAGGCUGACUAUGGGGCUCACGAUGUGGAAUGCUGGUCACACUGAUUGCUGGAGAAGGUGUUUUUAUGUAAUACACUGAGGUGGUGACUUCAGUAAAGACUGAAUUGAGUUUUAACCUAAUGUGAAGUCUUGGCAGAGAACGUUUUAAUAAAUAAAUGCCUUAAGAGUAUUUAAAAUAUGCUUCCAUAUUUCAAAAUAUAAAAUGUAACAUGACAAGAGAUUUUAUGUGUCUGACAUUGUAUCUGGGAAGGAAGGUCCAGACCUCAGAACAUUUGGAACCUGCAGUCACAGGCCUUGUGGGGUUGCUUGAAUCCCUACAGGCCUAGGCUUUGUCCCAAAAGGAUAGUUUAAGCAAUUGCUCUGUAAAACCAUUUUGUGUCAUUGACCAGUUGCAUCCCUGCUAAAAGCAAACAGCUUGGUUGCCUGGAUGAAUAGAAGGUAAUUCAGCCCUGAAAUGUUUGAGGUGAAGAGUGUUUCAUUGAGUGUUUCUCUGAUGAUUUUUCCAUUUAUUCCUGAAAUUUCUAUGUGUUGAGGAAAAUGAAGUGUGUCCAGUUUUUAAUCUAAUAACUACUAUUGGAGAAUUACCCACAUCCUUGGGAUUUGGAUGGGGGUUGUGUCCUGUUUUACUUAAGUUUACAUUUAAUAUGUUUCUCUUCUCUGUCCCCUUGCCCCCUGGGGACUCCUCUUUGGCUCCUUAAGUUUGCUGCUUAGCAUUGGAAGUACAGCAGACAGAUGAUCAUGCUGCAAGCUCUUGCUGGAUCUCUAGCAAAGGGAGUGAUCAGUGAAGGCCAGCGUUAUCUUGGGAUCUACAAGGCUGGGGUGUUUUCUGUAUCUGCUGUCCCUGGCUCUCCACUGUUACCCAAAUACUUUGCCAGUGCACUAAUCUCUUUGGAGAUAAAAUUCACUAGUAUGUUACUAAAUGUUAAUUUCUUUUGCAGAAAAUACAGUACCAUGUCUGAAUUAAUUAUUAAUAUUUAAAAUAUUUCAUUCCUUAACUCUUCUUUAUUUGCUUUGCCCAUGGCCUAUUCAAUCCCUUGUUUGGCAGAAUUCUGCAAAAUGUAUGUUACCCACUACUGAGAUUGUUCAGCCCCUGAUGUGUUUGUAUUGGUUUGUUUAUGGUGGUAGCUUGUCCUAAAAUGUGUGUAGAAAACAGGUAUUUUAUGAUAAAAUUGCUGUGUAGUGCAUGCUGUGUGUGGAAUUCAGAGGAAAACCCAGACUCAUUGAUUAACAAUGCCAAAAAAUGCAAGUAACUAGCCAUUGUUCAAAUGACAGUGGUGCUAUUUCUCUUUUGUGGCCUUUUAGACUUUUGUUGCCCUAAAAUUCCAUUUUGUCGGGAACCCAUUUUCCACCUGGUCUUUCUUGACAGGGUUUUUUUCUACUUUUAAACAGUUUCUAAAUAAAAUUCUGUAUUUCAAGAGUG